AUGCGAUCUUGGUAUGGAAGAGGCAAGUCCCUCCAGGUGGCUGUCACGGCAUGCUGUCUGGUGGCAUUCAUCCUGUUCGGAUAUGAUCAGGGCGUAUUCAGCGGCAUUGUUGGUAACGAAGAUUGGAUGAAGCAAUUUGGAUACCCUGAUGAUUCUGAAGAGGGGAUCAUUGUCAGUUGCUACAAUCUAGGAUGUCUCUUGGGUUGCCUGAUCAAUUUCUUCAUUGGAGAGUAUCUUGGGCGCCGCAGAACUAUCUGGUUUGCCAUGGGUGUUGUAAUUGUGGGCGCGGUGCUGCAGACAACGGCCUUCACUGUGCCACACUUGAUCAUUGGAAGGUUGGUCACUGGCGCAGGCACAGGUUUGAAGACCUCGACGGUCCCAAUGUAUCAAGCGGAAAUGUGCGAAGGGAAAACUCGAGGCCGUCUUAUCUCUUCUGAGGUACUUUUCACUGCUGUCGGCAUUGUUGUGGCAUACUGGUUCGACUUUGGAAUGUCCUUUGUAGGCGGCCCGAUCGCCUGGCGUCUUCCAAUUGCCAUGCAGAUUGUGUUCGCAAUCUUUGUUAUUGUGCUAGUCUUUGGUCUACCCGAGUCACCACGUUGGCUUAUGAACCAUGGUCAAGAAAAAGAGGCCAUGGAGGUCUUGUGUGCUGUAUAUGACCGAGAAGAGCAUGAUGAAUUUAUUGUGAAUGAGCGCCAAGCGAUCAUGUCCGCCAUUGAGCUGGAAGACUCUGCCAAUAAGCAGUCCUUCUGGAAAAUCUUUCGCAAUGACGAAGUGAAGACCGGCCAGCGAGUCCUUCUGGCCUGGGGCAUGCAGCUUAUGAACCAAGUUGGCGGUAUCAAUCUGGUGGUUUAUUACGUCCCAACUGUCCUGAGACAAAAUGUUGGCAUGACUUAUCAACUGUCGCAAAUCCUAGGCGGGUGCAUUCAAAUAAUGUUCAUGCUAGGAUCCUUGCUGCCGGCAUUCAAGUUGGACCAGAUGGGCCGUCGCCGUACCAUGAUGAUUGGUUCCUUCGGCCUAGGCGUCUGCAUGUUGAUGGUUGCAGCAUUGCUGUCUCAAGUCAACGAACCACAUGGCAAAUCAUAUGCCUCUGCGUCGGUUUCCUUUUUCUUCCUUUAUAUGUUGAUACACGGCAUGUCUAUCAACUCGGUACCUUGGGUGUACGUGCCUGAAAUUCUUCCCCUGGAAGCCCGGACCAAGGGAACAGCCAUCGGUGUCAGCUCAAACUGGCUGUGGAACUUCACUGUGGUGAUGAUCACACCCGUGAUUAUCAAUCGUAUUCAGUGGAAAGCCUACUUGAUUUUCAUGAUCACCAACUUUAUUUUCAUCCCCGUUGUCUACUUCUUUUAUCCCGAGACCAGCAAUCUACGCCUCGAAGACAUCGACUUAAUUUUCUCUCGGGGUGGUAAUCCCGUGCAACAGGCGCGACUCAUGGCUGCAGAGUUGAAAGCCCAUGGUCACAUUAAGUCCGAGCAAAUGAGUGAUGCGAAGGAGGACAAUAUUGUGAAGAUAGAACAUGUCUGA